UUUAUUUAUCAAACCCAGCUUCUAAGCAAGCGCCUCGGUUGAGAUCACUGUUCCAACCCGUCUAAUUUGCCUUUAAUCAAAGCUUGAGCUAUGGCUCCACACCCCCUACGAUCCUCCUCUCGAGAACCUCUCAAAUUCCUUCCCAAAUUCGGCGAGUCAGCGGGCAAGAAAAAGGAAGACUUUUCGUUGGAUUUGUUCCUAUUCAGUGCUCUGGAUGGUUUGGUUCGGAAUCUUGUGGUGUCGGAUCGAGGAUGCAAGAAAGUGGGCAAGGGGAUUUUCGCGAAAAGGGAAGAUUUUGGGGGGUUUUUUCUAACGAAUUUGAGGUUUGCGAGAAUUUCCGGGGGAAUUUCGAGGUCCGGUGGCGCCGAAUCCUUCAGUGCUGCUUCUACCACUGAGCUCGCGCCUCGGUUCUCGGCUCAGAACUUCUCGCAGUACGCAAAGGGGGAAGGAAGGCAAUUGUUUGAGGAGCUGGACGGAAAUAAGGAUGGGAGAGUAAGCCUUGGAGAUCUUGAAAUUGCUACGGGCGAACGACGAGUACCAAAGAUAAACAAGUGCCAUGAAGCUAGCAGUGCAGUUCCUGUUUCCCGACCAGCGGAGCCACUAGCUCAAAGUGUUCUGAAAUCUGCAUUGGCAGGAGGGAUUGCUUGUUCAUUUUCUGCUUUUAUGAUGCACCCUUUAGAUACAUUCAAGACUUGCGUGCAAGCAUCCACACUGUCAUUUCCAGAAAUUAUCGCAAAACUGCAGGAGCUAGGGUUUCAGGGCUUGUACAAAGGUUCCAUUCCAGCAGUUCUUGGCAUGUUUACAAGCCAUGGAUUGAGAAAUGGACUCUGUGAAGUUAGCAAGUCUGUUUUGACCAAGGCAGCUCCUGGACUUCCAGAUAUCCAGGUGCAAUCUUUGGCAUCCUUUUGUAGCACGGCUCUUGGAACAACGUACCGAAUUCCAUUUGAGGUUCUGAAGCAACGGUUGCAAGCAGGCAUAUACGAUAACGUGGGAGAGGCUACUAUAGUUACUCUUCGUCAAGACGGUAUAAAAGGUUUCUAUCGUGGAACUGGCGCGACACUUUCCAGGGAACUGACUUUCUAUGUUCUUGGAAUGGCCCUCUAUGGAGAAGCAAAAAAGGCUAUGCAAAGAGUUCUCAGGCGAGACCUAGGGCCAUGGGAAACUGUUGUAGUGGGGGGACUCACCGGAGGGCUAGUUUCGAUCCUCACCACUCCUCUCGAUGUAAUCAAGACGAGAAUGAUGAUUGCACCUCAAGGCAUGCAAAUAACAAUGCAAAUGGCGGCCAUCACCAUUCUUCGCAAAGAGGGACCCCUUGCCUUUUUUAGGGGAGCUUUGCCGAGGUUCUUCAGGAUUGCGCCUUCAGGUGCAAUAAACUUUGCUGGGUAUGAACUCUUAAGAAAGACAAUGGACAGGGCCAAGUUUUUUGAUGGUGAACAACAGAGCAAAAUGAGGAUUGCAGGUACAACAUAAGCAAUUGACACUGGACCCCAGGAUCUGCCAUCAAGUUUAUCAAGUUUUCUUAAUCAUCCGCAGAUAGUUCUGAGUUUGUGUAUAUAUAAAUAAAAGGGCGAAGUUUUGCCGAGAGGAGAUCUUUGCACCCUCUGUCGACACAAUUUUCUGAAAUAUGUACUACUUCUGGUGUUAAUAGUAUGAAGAUCAAGUUCGAGUUAAAAUUGGGUUGUGUCCAGUUUCAAGGUAAGGCAUGAAACUUCUACUGCUAGGCAAAUGGAAAUUGUGAAUAAAUAUUUGCAGGAAAACCUCAAAACCUUGGAUUAAUUACGUUCAGGUACUCCGAGGUAUAGUGUAAUCACCCAAGUAAUUCUAAAGUCCGUAUCCACAAGGAUUACCCUGAGAAGAAUGGUUUUAAUCAUACAGGCGUCCCUGGAGUCUGUUCAUUAUAUCCUUCUUAGGAUUAUCUAUGUAGAUACAAUAUGUAAUCUC